AUGGAAGCAGAAAAGGGUCAGAAGAUCAAAAUCGCUCUCUUCCUUUUUAUCUGGUUUCUUUCUGACCUUUACCAUACCAAAAAUGAAGUCGCUCCACAAGACCAUACCAAAAAUGAAGUCUCUCCUGAAGACCAUACCAAAAAUGAAGUCUCACCGCAAGACCAUACCAAAAAUGAAGUCUCUCCACAAGACCAUACCAAAAAUGAAGUCGCUCCACAAGAUUAUACCAAAAGUGAAGUCUCUCCGCAAGACCAUACCAAACAUGAAGUCUCUCCGCAAAACCAUACCGAAAAUGAAUUCUCUCCUGAAGACCAUACCAAAAAUGAAGUCUCUCCACAAGAUUAUACCAAAAGUGAAGUCUCUCCUGAAGACCAUACCAAACAUAAAGUCUCUCCGCAAGACCAUACCAAACAUGAAGUCUCUCCGCAAGACCAUACCAAACAUGAAGUCUCUCCACAAGACCAUACCAAAAAUGAAGUCUCUGCUAAAGACCAUACCAAACAUAAAGUCUCUCCGCAAGACCAUACCAAACAUGAAGUCUCUCCGCAAAACCAUACCGAAAAUGAAUUCUCUCCUGACGACCAUACCAAAAUGAAGUCUCUCCGCAAGACCAUACCAAACAUGAAGUCUCUCCGCAAGACCAUACCAAACAUGAAGUCUCUCCGCAAGACCAUACCAAAAAUGAAGUCUCUCCUGAAGACCAUACCAAACAUAAAGUCUCUCCGCAAGACCAUACCAAACAUGAAGUCUCUCCGCAAAACCAUACCGAAAAUGAAGUCUCUCCUGAAGACCAUACCAAAAAUGAAGUCUCUCCUGAAGACCAUACCAAAAAUGAAAACUAAAUAUCGAAAAAGCAGCGCUUAUUCCAAAAUUUACACGGGCUUAUACCACAGUGCACUUGCAUGCAUCUAUCUAUCUAUCUAUCUAUCUAUCUAUCUAUCUAUCUAUCUAUCUAUCUAUCUAUCUAUCUAUCUAUCUAUCUAUCUAUCUAUCUUAAUCUGUUCAUAUCUAUCUAUCUAUCUAUCUAUCUAUCUAUCUAUCUAUCUAUCUAUCUUAAUCUGUUCAUAUCUAUCUAUCUAUCUAUCUAUCUAUCUUAAUCUGUUCAUAUCUAUCUAUCUAUCUAUCUAUCUAUCUAUCUAUCUAUCUAUCUAUCUAUCUAUCUAUCUUAAUCUUCUAUUUAUUUCUCUCUCUCUCUCUCUCUCUCUCUCUCUAUCUAUCUAUCUAUCUAUCUAUCCACUACUGCGUAAUGUAUCCCUAUCUAUUUAUCUCUCUCUCUCUAUCUAUGGAAAUUUCUCAGUCGGUAAAUAUCUAAGUCUCUUCGUAUGCAAGUCUGUUCAUAUAGUUAUUCGUCAGUCUGUUUUCUCUCUCCCUCACUAUCUAUCUAUCUAUCUAUCUAUCUAUCUAUCUAUCUAUCUAUCUAUCUAUCUAUCUAUCUAUCUAUUUUCUCUCAAUCUUUUAUCUAUCUAUCUAUCUAUCUAUCUAUGCAUACAUACAUAA